CAGUCCCAUAAUCUUGUCUCUUCCACUACAUUGCUUUUGCAAUCCUAAUUACUCUCAGUUAGGGCUAGACAAUAUAUUGAAACUGUAUUGAUAUUGUGAUAUGAGAAUAGAUAUUGUCUUAAGUAUUGGAUAUUGUAACCUCACAACAUGGUAUAAGUGCUCUGGUUUAAAAGGCUGCUUUACACUUAAGUGAUGUAAUUUUCUGAAUAUACCAGACUAUUUUAGCUUUUCUAUUAUUUGCCUUUACCCACUUUGUCAUUCUGUCCACAUUUCAGAUUAUUAGUUAUCUCAAUUAAUUGGUCAAAAAUAUUGUGAUAUUGGAUUUUGAACACCUCACUCAGCCCCUACUAUCAACAAUAGUUAGGCAUAGUUCCCACCUGUUAUCAUCACCGAGGGUAUUGUCCUGACCUGUCAGGCUUGAGAUGAGUGGUCAGAGUCCAGCUGUAAAUAAAGGAAUGAACACUAUCUUAGUUUGUCAGGAGAGCUAUGCCUGCGGGGGGUCUGAUGAGGCUGCGUUUGAAUGUGAUGAAUGUGGUAGCUUGCAAUGUGCCCGCUGUGAACUGGAGCUCCAUCGCCAGGAGCGGAUGAGGAAUCAUGACCGGGUUCGGAUUGCACCGGGCCAUGUUCCUUUCUGUGACUCAUGCAAAGGUGACAGCAGCUCCUCUGCCAAUGGUGGACGACUCAGAGCGGUGGUACGCUGCCAGGGUUGUAAGAUCAACCUGUGUCUGGACUGCCAGAAGCGCACCCACAGUGGAGUCAACAAGAGAAAGCACCCGAUGAUACCCUACCCUCCUGCCAAAGCUCCCCAGGAGAACAAUGUGAUGGAUGGGGAAUCAGAGAUUGAGAUCCUGAAAGCCAAGCUGGAGAAAGUGUGCAGCUUCCUUUUAGUGGAUGAGAAGGAGGAAAUGCAUGUAAAGGAUGAGGAGGAAUUUGUGAGCAGACUUGAUUGCAGACCAGAAGAGCUCCUCAAGGUGGUCUCCAUCUUUGGAAACACUGGGGAGGGAAAGUCUCACACCCUGAACCAUACAUUUUUUCUUGGGAGAGAAGUGUUCAAGACCUCCCCCACUCAAGAGUCCUGCACUGUUGGUGUGUGGGCAGCUAUGGACCCUGUGCACCAGGUGGUAGUCAUUGACACAGAAGGACUUCUGGGAGCUGGAGCCAACCAAGGUCAGCGAACCCGUCUUCUUCUCAAGGUCCUGGCUAUCUCUGAUGUGGUCAUCUAUCGAACCCACGCCGACCGUCUCCAUGAUGAUCUCUUCAAGUUUCUUGGUGAUGCUUCAGAUGCCUACCUUAAACAUUUCACCAGGGAGCUGAAAGCCACUACCACCCGCUGCGGUCUGGAUGUCCCUUUAUCCACUCUGGGCCCUGCAGUCAUCAUCUUCCAUGAGACUGUCCACACAAAGCUGUUAGGAUCAGACAAACCGUCUGAAUCGGCAGAUCGUCUGCUCCAGGAGCGUUUCAGGAAGUUGGGUCUAUUUCCUGAAGCAUUUAGCUCCGUUCAGUACCGUGGAACUCGAACCUACAACCCUCCCACAGACUUCAGUGGUCUGUUGCGCAACCUGGAGCAGCAGCUGGACAACAACACCACCCGCUCACCUCGUUCUGCCAGUGUCAUCUACAAGGCUCUGCAGGCUCUGAGCGAGCGCUUCAGUGGGGAUAUUCCAGAUGAGCACAUGACCAGUAACUCCUUCUUUCCAGAUGAGUACUUUACCUGCUCCAGCCUCUGCCUCAGUUGUGGUUCAGGCUGUAAGAAAAGCAUGAACCAUCUAAAGGAAGGACUCGACCAUGAAGCCAAACAUCGGUGCCGCUACUCUGCGCAGUAUGACAACCGCAUCUACACUUGCAAGGCCUGCUAUGAGGGAGGAAAGGAGGUAAUAGUGGUUCCCAAAACGACAGCCUCGUCUGACUCACCGUGGUUUGGCUUGGCCAUCUAUGCUUGGUCUGGGUAUGUGAUCGAGUGCCCCAACUGUGCAGUGAUCUACAGAAGCAGGCAGUACUGGUAUGGAAACCAGGACCCAGUGGAAACAGUGGUCAGAACAGAGAUCCAGCACAUCUGGCCUGGGUCUGAUGGAUUUUUGAAAGACAACAACAACGCUGCCCAGAGGUUGCUGGACGGAGUUAAAUACAUUUCUCAGUCAGUGUCUGAACUCAGUGUCAAGCCUGCAAAAGCAGUCACCUCCUGGCUCACCGACCAAAUCGCUCCCACCUACUGGAAACCCAACUCUCUUAUCCUGAAAUGCCAUAAAUGUGGAGAAGAGUUCCAGCCGAAUGACACCAAGCACCACUGCCGUGCCUGUGGAGAGGGCUUCUGUGACGCCUGCUCCUCUAAAACCCGGCCGGUUCCUGAGAGGGGCUGGGGCCUCGCUCCUGUUCGUGUCUGCGAUGCAUGUUUUCACAACAGGGGAAUCCCAACUGAGCUGCUGGAUGCUGCCUUGGAGGAGGAGGGAGGCACUCUGAUCGCCAGGAAGGUUGGGGAGGCAGUUCAGAACACUCUAGGAGCUGUGGUCGGUGCCAUCGACAUACCUCUCGGCCUGAUGAAGGAUGCUGCACGCCCAGCCUAUUGGGUCCCAGAUCAAGACAUCCACUCCUGCUGCGAGUGUCAGAAGGAGUUCUCUCCUCGUCUCUCCAUCCAUCACUGUCGCGCCUGCGGUCAGGGCGUAUGUGAAGACUGCUCCCAAGAACGACGCGCUGUGCCCUCCCGUGGCUGGGAUCAUCCAGUGAGGGUCUGCAACGGUUGCCACCAGAAACCCGGGGAGCUCUAGCAGGACAAGGAGCGGAAGCCAAAGAGCGAACGGUUACAUGGUUACGGGCCUCUAUGAAAACUGGAACUGACAUCUUUUUUGACCCCUUGUCUUCAGCUUACGGGCUCCCUGUUGUUUUUAGUGGCAUUUAAGUGGGUGCUACUAGACUGUCAGUGGCAGGUUGGACUUAAUUGUUUUUUUAAUGCUGUCCUCACUCACGGUCCCAUGAUGCUAUUUCACUUUAAUAUGCCUACAUGUUACACUGUGAAAAAUACCAAUCAGAGUGAAACUUGAAUAUCAAGAAGGAAAGAGAUGAAACGACUCAGCAAGAUGAUAUGAGACUGAAUAUUGUAUGUGCUUGCUUGCAAUUGAGUUCAGGUAACUUUUCAUGUAUCCCUUUGACAAUCCCUCCCAGUGUGACCCACUAGUACUAUUAGCACCUUUUUGUAGUCUGGGGCUAAACGUGUAAACCAUUUAUUAAUAGAAUAACUGAUUGAGCAUCUUAUACUGUUUCCAGGUAAGCACUUUUGUUCUAAGAUUGUUUCUGCAGGAACCUUGGGUUAUAGCAUUCAGGAAAGGCUUUCUGAUCCAUGUUUUGAGUGGGUCUAGUGUAUUUUCCUCUUCUUCGCCCCUUGCAAGCUUUAGCUUUUGUGCCACUCUUUGGCUUCAGGAGGAUACAGCAGCCAUUGAUGUACUGUAGCACAGAGAUGCAUUCCAAUGUAUAUAAUUACUCAGUAAUAUACUAACAUAAUCCCUUUGUGGUUGUUUGUGUAUUUGGAUUGGCGGGUGAUAAUAGAACAGCCUUAAUAAUGCUGUCCACAUUGACUGUUUAAAUUUUACAUAAAAUAUACAUAUAUGGGGAUAAAAGUUUACUUUAAUAGGGAAAUUUUUAAAUGGCCUUGUUUUGUUUUAAAAAAAAUGUCAAAACUUUCUGUUAACAAAUCUGACUGCAGUGGGAUGAAAUGCUACAAACUGCUUUUAUAGAGUGGCUGGCUCACAGUAGGAAUAUGGUACAGAAAAAAAGACUUAGAACAAUUUUUGAGGCUGGCCCCUCAAAACCGGAGAUAGUUAAAAUAGUAAUCCUUUAAUCUGUCAACUCAGGCUGUGUAGCUAGUUAGUUAGGAGCGUUUAAUGAGCUGCAGCAACAAGUCAUUGACAUAUACUGUAUGGUUGUCUUUACUGCAACAAACUGACAAAUAUCUAAUAAAUAAAACAUAUGAUGCAGUCAGGCUUUCUACUGGACACCUCCGCAUUGUGAGAUCUAACUGUAACGGAGGUUUUUUUUUCAACUGGGAGAGUUGAUGAUGUCAUCAACAAAUAAGCUGAAAUACCAGACCUUGACCAGAAUCAAUCGCUGUUCUCUCAUGGACAGAUGGAGAGAUGUUCAGUGACUACAGAUAUCACAUGGAACAAAUCAAUAUCUUUAUGUUCAUGUAUGCUCAUAAAAAUGUAUUAAACUGCAGAA